AGAAGUAAGUCUGCAGAGAACGACAAUCUUUGGGAAUUAAAUGUUUCUCUUGAACAGGUGAGCGUAAGGGUCCAACGAUGCAUGGUUCUAGAAACAGGACACAUAUACACCAAGAAGGCAGGGUUUCAAACAACUCAUGAAAAGAAGUGCGGAGGACAUCUCACGUCUGUUUUGGAGAAUCGUCUGUUUCUAAGAAACGUAGAGAAACCAAGUUGUCAUCAGAAACUUGAUUGUUUGUUGUAGUCCUUCUGACGUUUGGCACAGGAGGGUACCUGGUCUUUGCGUUUUUUUGUAAAUGUUUGGAAGUCACGAUCACUCGGACAGAAGCGUCAUUGGAUCGAAAUCGCAAAGUUUUGAAGAAAUGGAUGCUGUUCGUUCCUGGGUGCGAAAUGUCGGCGUUAUUGAUGCAAACAUUGCGGCACAAAGCGGAGUGGCUUUAUCUCGUGCUCACUUUGAGAAGCAGCCUCCCUCCAACCUCAGAAAAUCCAACUUCUUCCAUUAUGUUCUGGCACUCUAUGAUCGUAAUGGACAGCCCGUGGAGGUGGAGAGGACAGCUUUUGUUGACUUUGUGGAGCAGGACAAGGAACAGACGGGAGAAAAGACCAACAAUGGGACUCAUUACAAACUUCAGCUCCUCUAUAGUAACGGCGUUCGCACAGAACAGGACCUUUACGCACGACUCAUUGAUUCAGUUACUAAACAGCCCAUAACAUAUGAAGGACAGAACAAGAAUCCAGAAAUGUGCCGCGUUCUGCUGACUCAUGAAGUCAUGUGCAGUCGCUGUUGUGAGAAGAAAAGCUGCGGCAAUCGCAACGAGACGCCGUCCGACCCCGUCAUCAUUGACAGAUUUUUCCUGAAGUUUUUCCUGAAAUGCAAUCAGAACUGUCUGAAGACAGCGGGAAACCCCAGAGACAUGAGGAGAUUUCAGGUGGCUUUGACCACUACGGUCAGCGUGGACGGUCCUGUUUUAGCCAUUUCUGAUAACAUGUUUGUUCACAACAACUCCAAACAUGGGCGCCGCGCACGCCGCGCGGAUGCAGGCGAGGCGGUGGAGACCAACAUGGAAUACGCUACACCCUGUAUCAAAGCCAUCAGUCCGAGUGAGGGCUGGACUUCAGGAGGAGCUAUGGUCAUUGUCAUUGGAGAAAACUUCUUUGAUGGGCUUCAGGUGGUGUUCGGCAGCAUGCUGGUGUGGAGUGAGUUGAUCACUCCUCACGCUAUCCGGGUUCAGACUCCUCCCCGACAUAUUCCAGGAGUUGUUGAAGUCACGCUGUCUUACAAAUCAAAGCAGUUGUGUAAAGGAGCUCCGGGACGCUUCAUUUACACAGCGCUGAAUGAGCCGACCAUCGACUACGGCUUCCAGAGACUUCAGAAGGUCAUCCCUCGACAUCCCGGUGACCCUGAAAAACUGGCAAAAGAAAUGUUACUCAAGAGGGCGGCAGAUGUUGUCGAGUCGCUCUACGGAAACUCCCCCAGCAAUCAGGACAUGUUACUGAAACGUGCCGCAGACAUCGCCGAGGCCUUGUACAGCGUGCCUCGACCCCACAGCCAGCUCCAGGCCAUGCCCAGCUCCCCCGUACACGGCAGCGUCAUGGGUCUCAGCUCGUACCCCACACAGCUUGCCGUGAGCAUCGGCGAAUCCAUGCAGAGCAGUGGCCAAGGUUACAACCGGAACUCCAACAGCCUGUCCCCGCGGGGUUACCAAUCGGCCUCCACACCUCAGCAUUCCACCUAUGGGUCCAGCGGAGGGAUGGGGGCCAGUUAUGGGGCAGUUCCCAUGAGCGGUCUGGGUAUCCCGGGGUCGCCUGGCUUCAACAGUGCCUCUCCAAACAGCUCUCCUUAUGCUAUCAUGCCAUCUAGCCCCACUGUACCAGGGUCGAGUUCAUCCACCACCCUCCUGUCUUUCUCAUCCUUCCCACCGUCUGCCAAACAAAAAAGUGCCUUCGCUCCUGUCCUGAGACCACAGGGUUCACCUUCACCCGUCUGUCCCACCUCAGGAGGAAACAGCUUCAGAGCAAUGACCGGCCUCGUGGUUCCCCCGAUGUAGAGGACAAACUUUUCCACAAGCUCCACGUCCAGAAUCGCACUGUGACCGACAGCGUCGCCUUCUUGGAGAACACUUCAGGUCUUCACAGUCUUGUCUGAUCUCUUUUAUGAGGAAGCAAACCUUCAAGAGUCUUCAAGAUGUAGGGAUGAGUUUGCCAUCGGGAUGAAGUUUCUUCAGGGGCCUUCAACCAAACAAAUACCAAAAAGAGGUUGAAUUUCUUCAUGAGACUGAAGGAUUCUUGGUCAUGUCUCAAUAGACUCCUUACAGGCGGAAAACAGGAUGCCGGAGGAGUCCGUUUACAGUCAUUUUACAGAUGCCAGAAGUCUUUACAGAUGAGAUUUACAUUACCACACAUACAGAUGAUCCACAUUAAAAAUCUUGUUUGAAAAUAUAUAUCAUUUCACUUAGAGAAAAUGUUUAUUUAGGUUUAGUUUUAUGAGGUGACUUCCUCACAU